GCCAGAAGAAGUCCCUCUGGAGUUUGAAGCCCAAUCAGAGCGCUUAUUAGACUUCACCAUCCCGUCUCUUGUUCACCAUAGAGCUUCGACUCUCACACUCUCCCUGCUGCUUCUGAAAGAAAGAUGGUACCGUGCACAGGGUGUCCCGUACGCGGACCAAAGGCGUCACUGAUCCACCUGCUGCGGGACUAACCAUGCCGUGUUACGCCAGGGUUCUGUUUUUACUUUUGUGUUUGAUCCUUAUCGGGGAGUGCAGGAAACACAAAAGUAGGAAAAAGCGAUGGUCCGCGCCGGCUGAGACACACAAGGAAGGCAAUCCUCUGUCAAAGAAGGUUGUGGAUGGAACAAAAACCCGAAAGGUGAAGACCAGCCACCUUCUGCGCAUAGAUGACCAUGACUUCACCAUGAGGCCCGCCUUCGCAGGUCCUGCUGUCCCUGUUGGGGUGGAUGUUCAGGUGGAGAGCUUGGACAGCAUAUCAGAGGUCGACAUGGACUUCACCAUGACCCUGUAUCUGAGGCAUUAUUGGAAGGAUGAGAGGCUGGCCUUCCCAAGCGCCACCAAUAAGAGCAUGACCUUUGAUGGGCGACUGGUAAAGAAAAUCUGGGUUCCUGAUGUGUUUUUUGUUCACUCCAAAAGAUCUUUCAUCCAUGACACUACCACUGACAACAUCAUGCUGCGCGUCUUCCCUGACGGUCAUGUCCUGUACAGCCUGAGGGUUACAGUUACUGCUGCAUGCAACAUGGAUUUCAGUCGUUUCCCUUUGGAUUCACAGACAUGCACACUUGAACUGGAGAGCUAUGCUUACACUGAUGAGGAUCUGAUGCUGUACUGGAAAAGUGGUGAUGAGUCUCUGAGCACAGAUGACAGGAUUUCUCUGUCUCAGUUCCUCAUCCAGAAAUUUCACACUACCUCUAGACUGGCUUUCUACAGCAGCACAGGCUGGUACAAUCGUCUGUACAUCAACUUCACUCUGCGACGUCACAUCUUCUUUUUCCUGCUGCAGACCUACUUCCCUGCCACUCUGAUGGUCAUGUUGUCCUGGGUGUCCUUCUGGAUCGACCGCAGGGCUGUCCCUGCCAGAGUCUCAUUAGGUAUAACUACGGUGCUCACCAUGUCCACCAUUAUCACUGGAGUCAAUGCCUCCAUGCCCAGGGUCUCCUACAUCAAAGCUGUGGAUAUUUACCUCUGGGUUAGCUUUGUCUUUGUGUUCCUGUCCGUGCUUGAAUAUGCUGCUGUCAAUUAUCUGACAACAGUAAGGGAUGGUAAAGAUCGGAAGCUCAGAGAAAAAGUCAGGGAACAGACCCUCCCUUGCACCUGUGACAUGUCCCAUGCCAGGACCAUGAUGCUGGAUGGGACAUACAGCGAGGAAGAUUCCAACAGCUUGGCAGGGUACACCAGAGCCUCCAUGGCAGCUGAGGAUGCAUCUGAAAAACAGGAGCGAAUGGUGGUGCAUCUUGCCCUGGACAACGAGUCCACAGGAACUAAAAAGAAGGGCAUCCGCAGCUUCCGGAUCAUUCAGAAGUCCCACACCAUUGAUACCUACUCGCGCAUGAUCUUUCCUGGCUCCUACAUCCUGUUUAACCUGAUCUACUGGUGUGUGUACUGCUGAAUGUGUGUGUUAUAGCCUUAACUAUAGCAGUGGAUAAAAAAACUGAAACCAUUUCAUUGACCAUAGAAGAGAGAUAGUUGUUCUCAUACGCCAUAUUCAGUAGGCGCAGUAAGCUUGGCAAGAUGGUUGAUGAGUCUCACAGGCUUCUGGGUGUGAAUUUCACCAGCUCUGGCUUACAAGUCAACUGGACUGAACCACUUAUACAGCUUCACCUUUAUAGAACUGUAUCACAGAUAAAGUUAUAUAACAUCCAAUAAUAUAUCAUCCAAUAACCUCAUGGGGAGACCCUGUAAAGCCUGACACAUCAAAAAAUAGCCAGAACAUUCUAAUUUUUUGGA